CGCCUUUUACCAGGAUAGCGCAUGCGCUCGGCGUGACUGUCUCAAAGGCAUCAAAGCGUACGGACAUCGCUGCGCCUCCGCCGACGGUCAGUAACGCGCCGAGCGUCAUCGUGUGUGGGUGAUUUUUAUCGCCUGUGUUCACUUGCCGCCAAAUCGCAGCAAAACCACCCUGUGUGGUUCCUCGCUCGCACACCGAGGCAUAUACCGCGGCUACAUAGCACGCGCGCGCGCGUUUACUUCACCGGCGAGACAGACGGACUCACCUGAGUAACCAGGUAUCGGAUGAGCACGGGAGUUUGCUAUAUAUAAUCGUAAGAAACUGAGAGAGAACGCGUCGUCAUGGGUACCGUGUGUUGUGCCCCGCGGGUGUAGUGCAAACCGUGCGAGCAAGAAAGGCGAAGGAAGGGAAUAGCAAGCUGGUAUCUGAGAAAAAGGACGGAGAAUAUAGAACGCGCGGGCAAUCGUGACCGGCCGAUAUCGCCGAGGCAUCCCGUCGCAGAGGAGCGCAAAAGAAAAACAAAGAUAGAAACAGAGAGAAGUGAAAGAUAGGUGGCACACGGAGGUGAUAAUGCGGAGUCGUUGCUACCGUCUUCAGCGGCAGAACGACGUUCGGAUCUGCUCGUAAUCAAUUUGUGAACAACUUCGUUACUGCGCAUCGUGCAGAUCGAGCGAGGAGAUCUAACGGACAGAAAUGACUCGCAGAAGAACGUCUAUUCUCAUAUUGGGAGUAUGCAUAGGUUUUCUAUUCUACGGCAAUGUAAUCGCGGAGGUUACUGAAGCAUCCACUGUGGCAUCAGAGAAAUCUGAUUUCCACAAAGCGUUGACUCCCCAAGGAACCAGCACGACUAUCGCAACAAGCAUUCCGUCGAUCCAUCAAAAUCAAUCAAUCGUAGAGAAAGAUGAACGAAAUAUUGAUCUGACGAGUCGAAAAGCUCAUGAGAGGGAAGAUGAAUCGCGAGACAGCGGUGACGAAAGCGCGAGUCAGGAUGGUGAAAAAGGCAAUGUGUCACGUAGCGCGAGUGACACGACACUUGGUGCGAAUUCGCACGAAGAAUCUGAGAGUUCAUCAUCGGAUGACGGAAGCAGGAGGGUAAAAUACGGAGAAAUCGCUGCUGAAAGCUCCGGGAAGAGCACCAGCACGAAAGCCGUCUCCGAGGAUCCUCUCAGACUCUUUAGGACGAACGAACUAACUAUAGCGACCGCGAAGCCGGCUUUGAACGACUCGAAGCAGGACAAUAAGAAGAACUUAGAAGAUGCCACGCUUCAAGAAUCUUCCGACCACGAAGGGAUGUCUGAUACCACCAAAAGCAUUCCAAUUACAAACGAGAAAGUCAUCAACGCAAAGUUAACCGCGAACAUUAUGAAAAUCUCGGAACCUAAGUAUGUAAUCGAGGAAUCUCUCACCAAACGCGAAGAGAGGAAAAAUAUGACUGUGAAUAAAGAGAUAACGACCGUCAAGUCUAUCGGAGAUUUCUCUUUGACAUCUUCAACACCGUCGCUCGAAGACGCCGAGAAGAAAGAUAAAAUUACCAAGUUCGAUUUCAAGGAAGUCGCGUCAAAGAGCGAGUCGAGGAAGGACAAAAAUGCAACCUCGGCCGACUUGAAAGAAAAUAUGGAGGAUCAUAAACUGGAAAAUCGCGAUCGGGAAUUAACUACGCCGCGCGGUAUUCAGUACGAAGAUCCUCCAGAGACCAAGAGAGACGCGAACGAUCUAGGAACCACGGCGUCCGAAGCGCUCGAUCUCGGCAAGAUCGAUGGAAAGGGACACGAAGGGACCAUUUCGCUAAUUAACGACACUUACGUGAACUACAAUCACUUUUACAAGACUCUUACGGAGAAAGAGCCGAAAGCCGGCUCGAGCAAUCACUCGGGCGAUCCGAAGAAAGAGGUGGAGGUCGUUGAGAACGUGACUCACCAGCCGAUACUGAGGAUCGUAACCGCCACGAACGACACCGCAAAAAACGACUCUCACUUCAAUGAACUGAAUAACCGGGAGCAAAAAAUCGACGCCAAAGAUGAGAACCGUCGCGAGCAAAGGGUUGACUCUUCAGUAAUCAACGCAACCCUCACGAGUGCGGGCGGAGGCGCGGAGGAACGGAAAUCGAUAGGUGAACCCGAGAGUCAGGUGAAGUUGCCCGAAACGACGACGCGGAGCGUCCGACUUGAAGAGCACACUUCACCUAUUUCUCCGGAAGCCACUCCUAGUCCGGUUCCGCAAGGCAGAACUAUCGGGUUUUCCGGAGUCAACGAGUUCCCGAAUAUCGAGGUGAAAUCUACAACAAAGGCCGACGGAGGAUCCGAAGCGUCGUCGGUCAUUCAGAGCUCGCGAAAUAAUUCUAGCGCGGAAAAAAUAGAUCAAAGACCUUAUCCUUAUUUGAAAUCCAGCAAGCAACCGUUUCAAGUGACAACGGAAGCCAGUUUAAAGCCAGGCGUUACUGAGGAAACAUCAGCUUAUGAGAACACGAUCGGGAAAGGAGAGUCCGAGAAAAAGUUUAUCGUCACGGAACCUUCGGUGGUGAUCGAGAACAGCAUCCAGCAGCAAAAAUCGGAUAAAAGGAACAUAAAGGAGUCCAGGAAUUCCACGACGGGAAAUCCAUCCUCCUUAACAGCGGCGACAGCGGUCCCGAUUGUUUCAGUCGGGCCAACGAACAAAACUUAUCCGCAAAAAUUUAACGGCACCGCGUUUGCCGCAGUAAUAAAAGAAUCGAACAAGAAUAAUGCAUCCAAUACAAAAGAAAAAGAGAAAGUAAUUGCAAGUAGCGAAGCUUACGACGUGACCGGAAAUGGAAUAACGGAAGUCAGCUUGACUCAAAACGGUAAACAAGUGAAAUCACAUUCCAGUGAAGCGACAAACGCGUCAACAUCGCGUUCCACGGAGAUGCCGAAGACGCCUAAGACAGUCGCUUUGAACACAGACAUUCAAACGGAACCAGAAGGGGCUAUGAUGAUCCGCUCGACUCUCGUCGUCACCGAAUCCACGAUGGUUCCCGUAGAUGGAGAUGUGGCGAAGGAAACGAACAAAUCCACAAUUUCGACGACAUUGGCGGCGGAAGUUAAAUCAUCAAUGAACGCCACGAUAAUUCUCGAAAAUUCCACGAAACCGACGCCGAAGGCGAAUGUCACGCAGCAAUCUUCGAGCGCUAAUCAAACUUCCAAGUCUCCAUCUGUCACUUUGAAUCCCGACGAAUCGUCAAUUCCGACAACUACGUCCGUCGAAUUCGAAUUCGUCAGUCUCACGGAGGCGGUUUCGUCGGGAAAUAACGCGACCGAGAGAACUGUCGAAAGACAAACGAUGCCAUCGAAGACAACUCACGAUUCCGCCACGGCGAAUAAUUCCACAGGGAAUGUCACCACAAUAAAGCCUGAGAAUUUCAGCGAACUUCCAACGACGAUCGAAAACGGAACACCGACGACGGAUCGAGCAACCGUGUACCGUGCAAGCAACGAAACCACCGUCGCCGAUUCUCCGAUUACGUCGACCGCUCCCGCGGAGCAAACUAAUCGCACGGAUUUCACGGGGAACGAAGUUACAAUGAGCGUUAUCGAUUUUACCACCGCUGAUAAUGCGGGUGCCUCCGGCAUUACCGAGGAUUCCGCGGAGCCUAAGGAUUCGAGUUUUGACGUGAACAUCACCGAGACGUCCGCCCCAGGCGCGACGGAGCUUCUGCCGAGUUCGGGCAUCACGACGAUGCCGUCUACGACUAACGCUACAAGGAGCCCUUCAACGCCGUUCGCCACGAGCACCCCGAAACCGAAUAUUUUCUGGAGUACACCGAGUUUCACGGAUUCGUCUGAGGAGGAAAUAACGGAAAGUGUUCAGACUCUAUCGUCGGACGAGAUUACGUUACUGGUUAAAAUAGUCAUCGAGGGCACUUUACACGAGGUCUGUCCUCGACUGCAAGAUCUGAGAAAGGCGAUCGCGGACGCUCUCGCAAAGAGCAUUGGCAAACGUGUAUUGCCGAAACAAAUCGUCGUCCAUCAGAAUCCUUGUCUCGAGUCAUCAAACUCGUCACCGACACCUACGGACACUUCCCUAACCACGAUUUUAGUAUACGUCGUCGACGGGGACGGCAAGUUCGACGCGGCCAUGACGAAGAUUCUACCAAGUUUACACAAGGUGUCUCCCAACUUCCCAGUGAGAAUACACAAGUUUCUUCUAAUUCCGGAAGCGGAUUCCGGAAACGCGAUAGCCGUCGUCGUGGUCUCUUCUGUCGCCUUUAUUUGUCUGGUUCUUUUGGCCGGUCUUUUGUUUAUAAUGAGAAAGAGGCAAACGAGGUUCAACUACGGAGAACGGUGCCGACCGGUAUCCUUGGACGCUUACAGCCUCGACAGCGUUUCAGCGUACAAUAGCGUACGGCGCAAGGGCGCGGCGAGAUCCUCCAAGAGAAGUUAUGGCAAUCCUACUUUCGAAGAUUCGAGCGCCAUUCCCUCCCAUCCCCUGAAUUUCGCCGGGCUUUCAUCCUUCUGUAACGACGUUAACGCAAUCAACGAGGAGUACGCGGGUAUACCCCAAGUUUCGGCGAAGAUAGACGAGCUGCCCCCAGGAGCGGAGGUGAAGAAUAGGUACGCGAAUGUGAUACCGCUUCCGGAGACGAGGGUGCCGUUACAGAAGCUGAACAAUGACGCCUUGACUGAGUACAUCAACGCCAGUUACGUGCGGGGACCUAAGAACGCAACAAAGUAUUAUAUCGCGUGCCAAGCGCCAAUCGAGUCGACUGUUACCGACUUCUGGCGAAUGAUCUGGGAGCAACAGAGCAAAGUAAUCAUUAUGCUGACCGAUCUCGUGGAGAACGAAGUGGAAAAAUGCACGGAGUACAUUCCACCCUCGGAGGUGACCGACUGUCACCGACUUUACGGUGAUUUCCAAGUCACCCUGAAGAAGCGGGAAACCAAAGAGAAAUACGCUAUCUCUACGCUUCACUUGAAGAACCUGGAGAACAAUACGUACAGAGAGGUGUUCCAUAUUUGGUACCUAUGGCCGGUGAGUGGCGUCCAAUCAGACGGCACAGGCCUAAUAGCGGUGCUUCUCGAGGCGAGAGCACUCCAACGAGGCGGUCCCGGACCUAUCGUGGUCCACUGCAGUCCUGGUACAGGACGCACCGGCACACUAAUAGCACUCGACCUAGGAAUUAGGCAAUAUGAAAUUACGCGGACCGUAGACGUGCCGAGGGUCGUUUACACCAUUAGAAGAGAUCGUGCUGGCGCAGUUCAAACGAAGGAGCAAUACGCUUUCAUAUAUAAGGCACUAAACCUGUACGCGACGAAACUCGCCGGCGGCGUUCUGGAGUCAACGUGAAGCGUUUGUGAGGACCCGAGAAUAAGACUUCAUUUACGGUGAUGAGUGAAGACCGAGUGUUUGUUUAGCCGAUAGCGUGCGCGUAUACGUGAAAUUGAAAGACUUUUUGUCUGAAAAAGCAGUCGCGCUUUUUCAAACGAAACAGUGCACGCAUCGAUCGAUUGAUUGUCGCCAAUAGAAAGGAAUUAAAGGAAUUAAACAAUUCGAAAAUGCCAAAUGUCGUCAAUUUAAAGCCAGACGGAUUUUAAUAUCGGAGUCUCUCAAGAAGAAAGAGAAUACUGUUAUAUGCAGACGAAAUGGUGAUUAUCGAACUGAUAAAACAGGGUGCAUGUUGUAUUUUGUUAGAACACUGAACGUUAUGUGACAACAAACUAAAGCUUGCUGGAGAAACUAAAUGUUACCUAAAGUAGCGUGGAAUUAAUUUGUGAUAUAUGAACUUUAGAGUAUUCGUAAGUUCGCCAGUGUCGGUGCAGUUUGUUUCAUUGCUUCGAUCUUGUCGAUGCAAGUUUUAGGGAUAUCUAAAAAUAUCCUUCUUAAUUAUUAUCGUCAUGAAUCGAUGUGUAAUAAUUUAUUAAAUAUAUUUCAAAUA